AUGGCACCCAAGCUGCCCAUAAGCUGGGCACAAUUGCCUCCGAAAUUCCUCCUGCCGGAGGCCCUCCUCCCCCUCGUAACAAAACGCGGCGUCAAAUACGGAUGGAGCACGGCCAACAAGCGCUCCAAACCUGGUCGGUUCAAUCAACAGACCGCAGGUCUUCCCACCCUCGAACAUUCACCAGCUGCAGCACUCUUACGGAAAGCAAGGACAUUACCCUUACGGACUGGAGCUCUAGCGAUUAAGAAGGGCAUGACGGCGCUCUAUGACCCUGAGACAGGAAACAGAACACCAUGUACUGUCGUACAGCUGGACAGAGUACAAGUGGUAUCGCACAAGACGCGGGAGAAGAAUGGAUACUUCGCAGUACAGAUAGGGGCAGGGUGGAAACAUAAAGACAACGUCACGCGCCCGCUGUUAGGGCAUUUCACCGGCGCGGGAGUGAGCCCCAAGAGAUACGUGACAGAGUUCAGAGUCAAGGAUUCGAGCGGGCUGUUGGAUGUUGGGCAAACGAUCGGCCCCGAUUGGUUCCUGGAGGGUCAGUUUGUCGAUGCUAGGAGUAAUUGUAGGGGUAUGGGUUUUGAGGGUGGUAUGAAGAGACAUGGAUGGAAGGGACAACCAGCUUCGCAUGGUAAUUCGAAGACCCAUCGUGCGAUGGGUUCAUCCGGAGGUGGGCAGGGCAGUGGAUCCAGAGUUCACCCCGGGAAAAAGAUGCCGGGGAAUAUGGGAGGACAACAAGUCACGGUGCAGAAUGUUAAGGUGUUGAGGGUGGAUGCUGAGAAGGGAAUUUUGGUUCUCAACGGCUGCGUUGCAGGACCUAAGGGGUGCGUGGUCAAGCUCCAAGAUGCUAUUAAGAAGCCAUGGCCUACGAUUCCUGCGACGGUGAAGGAGGUGGAAGAGCCGCUGCAGGCGACAGCGUAG